CACCCCUUCCCUUCUCCCCACCGCCCCCGUCCCCGUCCCCCACCACUGGCACUCAGGUGAAGGGAUUCCUGUGCCGCCGCCUGCCCUCGCCUUCUGCCUCCCGGCGCCCACUCGGCCUUGCGGAUAAUUUGCGGCUCGGUCCCGGGCGUGCUCAGUCUCGGUUCCAGUGGCCGCUUCGAUGUACCUGACCGCCGUUUCCUUCCCCCCCGCAGCCGCCUUCUCGUCCUCAUCCCAGAAGCUGCUGCCUAGGUCGGCCGGGGUCGGCCGGCGUCUGGUGGUGCGGGCAGACGUCAAGGUCAUAUCGACGGGCGAGGCCUGCCGCCGCGGGCUCGCCGCCGGCAUUGACAAGCUCGCCGACGCCGUCAGCGUCACCCUCGGCCCCAAAGGGAGGAAUGUUGUUAUUGACCAAGAUGAUGUACCUAAAGUAAUUAAUGAUGGUGUCACAAUUGCCAAGGCUAUAGAGCUCCCAAAUGCACUUGAGCAUGCAGGUGCCACGCUACUUCAAGAAAUAGCAUCCAAGACAAAUAGCGCUGUUGGUGAUGGAACUACAACGGCAAUUGUUUUGGCUCGGGAAAUCAUCAAUCUUGGGUUGUUGGCAGUUGCCACUGGUGCUAACCCAGUUGCAUUGAGAAGGGGUAUUGACAAAGCCGUUCAUGAGCUAAUUAAGAUCUUGAAGAGUAAAUGUAUCCCUGUGAGUACAAAGGAGGACAUAAAAGCUGUUGCGUCAAUAUCAUCUGGCAAUGAUGAAUAUGUUGGUAAUCUCAUUGCUGAUGCAUUGGAGAAGAUAGGUCCUGAUGGUAUAAUCAAAAUUGAGUCAUCAUCUUCAAUAUACACUACAGUUGAGGUGCAGGAAGGAAUGAAGAUAGACAAGGGAUAUAUUUCUCCAUACUUCAUCACAAAUCAAGACAAAUCAAUUGUUGAAUUCGAAAAUACUAGAGUGCUUUUAACUGAUCAGCGUGUGAAUGAUGUUCAAGAGAUACUUCCCUUGCUGGAGAAGACAACACAGUUGAGUGUCCCUUUAUUAAUUAUUGCCGAGGAUGUGUCGCAUGAGGUAUAUUCAACACUGGUUCUUAACAAACUGAAUGGAUUGCUAAAUGUUGCGGUUGUUAAAUGUCCUGGUUUGGGAGAUGAAAAGAAGGCCAUUCUCCAAGACAUUGCUAUUAUGACAGGUGCAGAUUUCUUUGCUAGUGACCUUGGCUGGGGUCUUCAUGGCAUUACUUCUGAUCAGCUUGGUAUGGCUCAGAAGAUCACAAUAACUAGUGAAUCCACAACUAUCAUAGCACAUCCUUCAAUGAGACCAGAGAUUGAGGCCAGAAUCAUGCAACUGAAAAAAGAUCUAGAGGAGACAACGAGUUCCUAUCUAAAAGAAAGGUUCUCUGCAAGAAUCGCUAAACUUUCAAGAGGUGUUGGAGUCAUCAAGGUUGGGGCAGCCACUGAAGCUGAACUCGAGGAUAGGAAACUGAGAGUAGAGGAUGCAAAGAACGCAACUUUUGCAGCCAUCAGUGAAGGCAUAACUCCUGGUGGUGGGGUGACAUAUGUUCAUUUAUCAAAGCAUAUUCCCAGCAUCAUGGACCUUGUGGACGACACAGAGGAGAAAAUGGGUGUAAAUAUAGUUGGGAAGGCACUUCUUGUCCCUGCUAUGACGAUAGCUCGCAAUGCCGGGGCAGACGGUCCAGCUGUCGUGGAGAAGCUUCUCGCCAGCGAGUGGCGGGUUGGUUACAAUGCGAUGACUGACGAGUUUGAAGACCUUGUCGCUGCUGGUGUGGUGGACCCGUGCAGGGUCGCGAGAUGCGUGCUCCAGAACUCUGCUUCUAUCGCAGGGCUGAUUCUUAUGACUCAGGCUAUGAUGUUUGACAAGAUCAAGAAGAAGAAGUCUCCCAUCCCCGAGAUUCCUGGUAUUCCACCGCUUCAGAUAAGCCAAAAAGCUAAGGCUUGAGCUGUUGGAUGCUGCCCUGGUGUUGUUGGCUGGAUGAGUUGUGUUGACCUAGGAAGCAGCAGAAUGCCCAGUGAGCUGCCCAAACCAGGUAGAACAGUGAGCACUUGGAAUGCCCAUGUUACACUCGUUAUAUAAUUUGGUGGUCGGUGCAGUAUUACUUGUCAUGUCUGCAUAAAUUUUGCAUUGGCGGGUGAGUCGGCAACCAAUUUAUGUCUGACUUGGGAACGUAAACGAACGAAUGGUUGAUUUGUUGCUACAUAGAGGGCCCCCUUUGGGCAUCAUCUCGAGCAAAGCUAUUUUGCCUUGU